CUUGUAAAUAAAUUGGACCAAAUUUGUUAUUUGUCACAGCACCAGUGAGAAAUCUUGAUGUAUAUGAAGAGAUGAUGUCAUUUUUGUGUGUCACAAAAAUUGCUAUUUUGAUGUCAUAAUGAUUCAUCAUUUUACAUCAUUGUUAUCUCUUGGGUACUGUUAUAUUAAUGAUCUGCUGUUGGUAAGACAUCGUGACGGAGAGUUGUACUUGAACCAAAUUGUCAAUUGAAGAGAAGAUGUCGGACUGGAAGAACUACAUCAACAGUAUCCUGAAGGAUAAGAACGUGGAAGACGUUGCCAUUGUGGGCCACGUCAACAACAAGGCAGUGUGGGCGUCCAAGCCCGGUGGUAUACUGGCCGCCAUCUCCCCUCAAGAGGUCAGCAUGUUAAUUGGGCAAGAUCGCAAGGCUUUCUUGCAAACGGGCAUCACCAUCGGAGGGAAGAAAUGCUCCGUCAUCAGGGACAACCUGCUGGUCAAUAACGAUGGGGUGAUGGACGUUCGGAUGAAAGGCGGACAAUGCAAGAGCAUCUGCAUCGGCAAAACCAUCAAGACCAUGGUGUUUGUAAUGGGCAAAAGAGGAGUCCACGGUGGAGUCCUCAACAAGAAGGUCCAUGAGAUGGCCAGCUAUCUGAAGCAGAAGGGCAUCUAAAAGAGAAAGGGUCGCUUGGGAUUAUUCUUUGGCCAUACGAAUUUCUAAGUUAAUAAUAAAGUCUACUUGAAUAAUCUUUACUUUCUUGGU